AUGCCUACUUCUUUUGUGCAAAAACUGAGAUAUGCUGUCUGUUGUGGGUCUGCAGAUGUCGAUCAGAAUGAAGGGCCACCACCAUCUCCUCCGGCUACUGCACCUCAAGCAGCAAAUACCGCUGCAGCUAUGGAACAGCCCCCGCAACAAAUUGUCCCACAGUCUGUUCAAUCUACUGCGGAAGCUAGUGCUGGAUUCACCGGAGAAGAGCAACCAGAGCCUAUUGAAGAAAACUGGGAUGACGAAGAGCCAGAGCCAAGUCCUUACAAACCGGAGGACUUUGUUGUUGAGAAAGAUCAAUACGCUACAUACAAAUAUGAUCAAAGCCCAUACAAAACAUUUGAUGAUGUACAAAAAUCAUUUGACGCUGAAUCUCAGUCCUACCGAAAGCCUGAUACCGUGGAUUUAGAUACCCUUUGGGGAAGUCGUGAAUAUGAACGCUCUAUUCGUAGCUGGAACCCUGAGCAAGAGUUCAAUCCUGCUCAAAUUAGAGCUCAGACCAAAGCAAGAUAA